UAGCUCUGUAAAUCUUCAAGCAAUGGGCUUCAGUGGGCUCUUAUGAUAAUAACAAGACGAUAAAUUCCUUCAUAAACCACCAACGAUGCUUUAAAUCCAUUCCAUCACUGUCACCUCAGCUGAUCCUUGUUCUUGACCUGCCAUUACUCAAAGAUUUCUUAGUGAUUCAAUCCGUCGAUCAAAUUAGGGGGAAAAAUGGGAGGGGGAGAGCAUGGGCAUGGAGUUCAGGAUUUCAGGGCGAAGGUGUGGAGCAUGUCGGGGGGUCCGUACUGCCGGCCCAAGCACUGGCGUCGCAACACUGCCAUUGCCAUGUUCGGCGUUUUCCUCAUUUGCAUCCCCAUUGCCAUGAAAUCAGCCGAGCUCGAGCAACGACCUCAUCAGCCUGUCCGUCCGAUUCCUUCACAGCUUUGGUGCAAGAACUUCGGAAACAAAGAUUAUUGAAGUCUGCCUGGGGCUGUUGAUGGAGUACCGAUGGCAUAUCAGAGCAGCCUAUGAUCUGUAUUUGAGACCCUUUCACCGAUUUAGCUUUCUUCGUGAUCAAUAAGUUGUGCUUGUUUUGCCUUCACUGUGUUAUUGACAAAUUUUGAAGUUGAUUUGUUUUUCAAACUGAAUCAACUUAAUAUCUGUUUAUUCCAUCGGUUAAGUGGAUUAAAUCGUUUUUUUUCCUCUUUUUCUUUCUAAGUGUUAGAAAUGAGAAUGAGUAGAAUAUUUUUAUA